UCAGUUCGCUGCGACCAUAACUUUAAAUACGCGCUUUGAUAAGACUUCUUCUCCAACCUUUGGCAUAGUGAUUUAGAGCCACCAGUUUAGUAAGAGAGUGGGGAACUCUGCGUUAAAUUCUGCAUUAAUCCCGUAAUUUAGGAGAAGCGCCUCUUGCAGUCGCGUCAGAGUUUUCUGUGGUCAUUUUUCCACGAUGCGACCGUUCAAUAAAUUAUUGCAAAACUUCAGCUCUUCGUUUUGCGUCAAAGCAAAAUGUUUUGGUCCUUCUGCAUUGCCGCGAACGACACAUUUGCUUCGGCGAGAUGACACGACACAGGCAACCUUCGCGAGAGAAAUGUCAGGGAAAAGCUUCAACGUGCCACCAAGUGCUGAGUUUGUUGCAAGAGUUUCGGGGAUCGCCACGAUGGGUAAACUGCCCUACCGAGAGACUGCAGAGGGACUGGACGCAGCCUUCGUCGGGGUUCCAAUUGACACUGGCACAUCAAACCGUCCAGGGGCAAGGUUUGGUCCCCGCCACAUCAGAGCAGAGUCUGCCCUGCUGCGGGCGUACAACAGUGGCACGCGGGCCGCUCCCUACGAGUCCCUGGUGGUGGCAGACAUAGGGGACGUCAACGUCAACGUCUACGACCUGAAGGACACCUGCAAGAGGAUCCGAGAAGCGUACCACAAAAUCCUGGCCACUGGUUGCAUUCCUUUGACCAUGGGGGGGGACCACACUAUUGCAUAUCCCAUUCUCCAAGCUGUGGCUGCCAAGCACGGGCCAGUGGGCCUGAUCCACGUGGAUGCCCACGCGGACACCAGUGAUGUGGUGCUGGGGGAGAAGAUUGGCCAUGGGACCCCCUUCCGGCGCUGCGUGGAGGAGGGCCUUCUGGACUGCAAGAGGGUGGCCCAGAUUGGACUGCGGGGAACAGGCUACUCCCCAGACGCAUACGAGUGGAGCCGUGCUCAGGGCUUCCGUGUGGUCCAAGCAGAGCAGUGUUGGCACAAGUCGCUAGUGCCCCUGAUGGCGGAGGUGCGUGCCCAGAUGGGAGACGGCCCCGUGUACCUCAGCUUUGACAUCGAUGCUCUCGACCCAGCCUACGCCCCUGGCACGGGCACGCCAGAGAUUGCUGGACUCACCCCCAUACAGGGGCUGGAAAUCAUCCGCGGUUGCCGUAGGUUAAACCUUGUCGGAUGUGAUUUGGUGGAGGUUUCUCCACAGUAUGACACAACAGGUAAUACAGCACUGACAGCAGCCAACCUCCUCUUUGAAAUGAUGUGCGUGCUCCCCAACAUCAAAUAUUAUGACUGAAUAGAACAGCUGUUUUUUAAUGACUAUUGCCAUUUACGAUUAAAAUCUAAAUGAAUAACUUGGA